AUGUGCCAUGACCCGCGGGCCGAGGGCCCAGUUCUAUCCCAUCCACUGCUGGAAGACACAGUGCUUGAGCCCUCUACCUUUACCUUCUCGGACUCAUCAUCUGGUGCGAGCUCUCUGGAUGUCGAUAUCAUCGGCAUUCGCAAAGUGAUCGCCACCAAGAUUCGAAGGGCAGCAGCUCGGGGUGUUGAUAAAUGCCGCAAGAUCCGACGGAAGCUGAGUCGAGAAUCUGGUCUCGUCUCAUUCCAUGAGGACGCUUAA